AUGGGAACCAAGAGAAAAUAUUUUCGAUUAAUCUUGGUGGCAACAUUGACAGGCGAGAUACCCAAAAGGUAUUCAGAGGAUGACUAUCUUCAGGUCGUCAAUAGUAUCCAGAGCUGUCCAUGGAAGCGACAAGCAGAAGAGCAUGAGAAGUUUAGAGUGGAACUUGCUUCGUGUUGUGGUGCCGUUCAAAACUUCAUUGUUUCUCAAAAUAACACUCCCGUCGGGACUAACGUGAGUUACGAGGUGGAAAGUAAAAGCGAAAUCCAAAUCAGAGAGAACAUUUUUGAUAUGUUGCCAGUGACUCAGCCUUUUGUGGGGUACCCUUACAAUCAGUGUGCGGUGGUUGGAAAUGGGGGGAUUCUGAAUCAGUCUCUCUGCGGAGCCGAAAUUGAUAAAUCCGACUUUGUUUUUAGGUGUAACCUCCCCCCAACCACAGGAAAUGUUACCAAUGACGUUGGCACUAAAACCAACCUGGUGACUCUAAAUCCCAGUAUCAUAAGGCUAAGAUAUGGGAACUUAAAGGAAAAGAAAGCAAUAUUUCUGGAGGACGUUGCAACCUAUGGAGAUGCAUUCGUCCUUCUGCCAGCAUUUUCCUUCAGGGCCAACACUGCGGCCUCUUUUAAGGUGUACUACACACUGAAGGAGUCUAAAGCAAGACAAAGAGUUUUAUUUUUCCAUCCCAAGUACCUGAAAAACCUUGCCCUCUUCUGGAGGACUAAAGGUGUGACCGAGUAUCGCCUGUCCUCCGGCUUGAUGAUCACAAGUGUGGCAGUUGAACUGUGCGAGAACGUGAAACUCUAUGGAUUCUGGCCUUUCUCUAAAACUGGAGAGAACACACCUGUCAGCCAUCACUACUACGACAACAGGUUACCUAAGCGCGGUUUCCAUGAGAUGCCCAAGGAGUAUAGACAAAUUCUCCAGCUUCAUGUGAAAGGAGUCCUCAGGUUACAAUUUAGCAGAUGUGAAAUAGCCUAAACCAGAUGUCUUUAAACGGGAAUCGUGUUCACACAAUGCAGUAGGUGAGUGUCAGUGUUCCAAACACCGAAAGAGGAGGUUGUAGGGUGUCGUAGGAAGAGUCCCGGAAUUUGGUUGGAUCAAAGCUCUGGCACUAGGUUUGCAGUCUCAGCAGCUCAUUUCAUUGUUCUGAUCUUCAGUCCUCUUCCUGUAAGAUGGGGACCGUGAUCUCUAACUCAUAUUAGGAGAAUCUGAUAAUCUGUGAAGACUUUCCGCAAGUAUUUAGCAUGAGGUAGGGACGCCAUAAAUAUCUCCUCGCUGAUAUUUUUAACAGCCGUUUUCGCCUUCACCAGACGUAAUAAAAAGGCAGGCUGUCUUGGAGACUCUUUCUGAAGAGAAAAGCUGAACUGCCAGUAUCCACUGGAAUUCUUUCUCUGGCAGGAGCCUCUAUUAUCCGUAAUAUCGUUCCCACCUUUCUUCCUGUCUUAAAGAGGGCAUGUAAGAAAACUAUGUAAUUAAACAAGAAGCCCGUGGUUAUGCAGGAAUGAACGCCUUACGCCUCUAAUUACAUUCACUUGUGUCUUGAGCUGUGCUGGUGUGGUUGGAUUUAGGCCAAUCCUUUUCCUCCUUUAUCUACAUUUAAAAAUCACUCUUUAAUAUAUGUAUUAACUUCCUGUCUCACUCUUAAGCCUUUUCCUCUCCCACUGACAGGAUUUACUUCAAGGGCAGGAAUAGUUACGAUUCUACUUACCUGUUGUCUUGUCUGUGGCGGUCACUCAUACAAUUUACUUUGCUAAGGUUGUUGAACAGCUGCUUCAUGCUAGACCCUUUCCCAGGCUCUGCGAGAGAGAUAUAAAAAUGACUAAGUCCUGGGGACUUCCCUGGCGGUCCAGUGGUUAAGACUCUGCGCUGCCACUGCAGUGGGCCACGGGUUCGAUCCCUGCUCGGGGACCUAAGAUCCCACAAACCGUGCGGCGCAGACAAAAAGAAAAAAAAAAAGACUAACUCGUGCAGGAAUAAACAGAUGUGCGUGCCGUGAACAAUGAAAGGGUGUGCUCAGUAUUCUCACAAAAGCUAUGGGGAACAGAGGCAGGAAUCAUUCAGUCGAUUUCAGUGGAGUCUGUUUCAGAGAAGAGCUGGUUUCUGAAUUAAGCCUAGAAAGGGAGUAAGGCUUUACCAAAUGAAGAAGAUUCUAGGUAGAGGGAAUAUGAUGGGGAGAAGGCUGUCCCCUUGAUUCUUUUUUUUGGCUGUGUUGGGUCUUCAUUGCUGUGCACGGGCUUUCUCUAGGUGUG